AUGAGUAACGAGCCUUGCCCUGUCCUGCUACCCAAUUCGGAGCAGUUCUACUUGGACAGCGAGCAGGGAGAAAAGUACCUGAUUCAGAUAUCUUGGCCGUUACAUUGGCAGGAAAACGAGACAGACAGGGAAUCACUUCCAAUCAUAUACAUCGUCGACGGGAAUGCCUUGUUUCUGACCGCAACUGAGGCAGCCUGGCGCCGUGUCACUUCAUCUCAUUUUGCUGGGGGCGGCAUCGUUGUUGGUAUCGGAUAUCCCUUACAGGGGAAACUAUACGAUAUUCAACGACGCAACCUCGAUCUGACUCCGCCAACAGAAUCUCCAGUUCCCGGAUAUGGAGGUGCGGAUGCAUUCCUAGACUUUAUUGAAAAUUCUGUUCGGCCAGCAGUAAAGGCACGAUUCCCGCAGGUGACCAUCUCAAGGGAGGCGCUCUAUGGUCACUCAUAUGGAGGGUUAUUCGCCCUUCACGCAUUAUUCACACGGCCCCAUUCCUUCGACUUCUACAUGGCAAGCAGUCCCUCGAUUUGGUGGAACAGUCUGUGUAUUCUGGAAGAAGCGAGAGCCUUUCUAGACAAGAAUGAGGUCUCGUCUGGAGAUACCCCAUCGCUGAUGGUGUCCUGGGGCUCAUAUGAACAGAACCCUCCUCAAUGGGACAAUGAGCCACUUGAUAAGUAUGAAGGGAGAAAGCAGACCGCAACGGACUUGAAAAUGGGUGACAAUGCACUCGAUCUCUGCAAGAUGCUUCGUGGCUGUGAUCAGCUACACGCCGUUAUACAGAAUGAGUAUGAAGGGGAAGAGCACAUGAGUGUGAUGUCGUGCUCAAUCAGUCGAAGCUUGACCAUGUUCUUCGAGGAUUGGCCCUUUCACCAAACCUAG